AACGAGUUGGGCAUCAUAGGAUAUUUAUCAUGAAGCUGACUUAAUAUAUGUCCGAUAUUAUAUAUGCAAGAGUUUUAUCAGUAUGUACUCCUAGCUGCUUUUUUAUUGCAAUAGGCUCAUACCAAAAUCUUUUAAAUGCAAUUAAAAACAUUAAUUAUAUUGAUGCGUUUUGUUGUGAGCAAAACCAGAAAUAUAUUAUUAAUGAAAAGCAUAACAUUAAUCAAAUUUUGAAAGGAAAUAUAAUAUUUGCAUUUAAUAAAAAUUUUCAAAAAUGGGGUAGAUGUAUUGUUAUUGAUAUAAAAAAAAGACUCACUAAAUCUCAAUCUUUGAUUACCUUAUUAUACAUUGAUUAUGGGAAUAUUGAUAAUGUUUUAUAUUCUCAAAUUAUGCUGAUUUCUAUCCUGAAAGAAUUAACUAAUGAAGAAAUUUUAAAUAAAAUAAUUGAAUAUCCUAUCAAUAUAUAUCCUGCUUCCUUGUUUGGUGUUACCCCAAAUAAUAAGCAUUGGUCAAACGAGUCAAUUGAUAAAUUUACUUAUCUAAUUAUAGAAAAUUGUAAUAUUUUUAUUUUUGAGCUUAUUUCAUCAAUUAUGUCAUCUAAUUUAUGCUGUUUAUCUGUUAAAUUAAAAUAUAUUAAAUUUAAUAUCUUUGAAUAUGUUAAUGAUGCUCUUAAAAUGAAAGAAUCUUUAGAGUGUGAAAAUGAAUAUAAUAAAUUAAUUUAUCAACCCAAUAAUAAAAUCACAUUUAAGAAUUUCAAAAACAAUAUUUUAUUAAAUCCUUUAACAGUUGAAACUGAAGAAGCAAUUCACCCUCAAUUAAAUAAAUCAAAGAUUAUAUCAAAUAAUAUAGAAAUGGAUUCUAGACUUGUGUAUAAUAAUGAUACUUUAUUUCCAUUUGACACUAUCUUUCAAAAAUUUUGUGAUAUACCCAGUCUUCCAAAACCAAUUAUAUUCUUGCAUAUGUACCCAUUUAUAUCAAAAUAUAUUAUUAAAGAUUUUAGUUUCUCUCUAAAACCGGGUACCGUUGGAAUUAAACAAGUCAAAUCCAAACCUGAGUUAUGCUGGGGAAAACUAUCUGCCAUAGGUUGUCUACCUCAUCUACAAGCACUUACUUCUAAUAUAUGUGACCUUAUUGUGGAGGAUUGUUCGCCUAGAGAACAUGAUUAUUCAACGACGCAUUGCGAUAGAAUGGUCGGGACUUCGAACAACAUAAAAAUUUCGUAUACUCGAGAACAACUUUUCCAAUUUAAUAGUCAGAAUAAUCUCGAUAGCUCCACACUUGAAAAACUCUUCAAACUCCGCAUAUUAAGAGGCGGAAUGAUUAAAACAUAUCCUUGCUAUUCACAAUUCCUACCAACGCCCUUAAACACUCACAACAAAAAUUCACACAUUAACAUUUUACAUAAUGACAACAGGGUGGAUAAUUCUCGUUCACACCUUAAGAAAAACGGAAUUUCAGGGCAAGAAAUCUUUACUAUUAUUGAUAAUGAAGGAAUCUUGCAUAAAACACAUGAAAAAUACAAGGAAAAUGAGAAGGAUACAAUGAUAAAUGUGCCUUUAGAAACUGGCAAAUUUAUUUACGAUCAACUCUGUUUAGAUUUGAAUGACGAGCAAGAUCCCGAUCGCAAUACCAUAAGAAUUCUUUCUUCAAAGCUCUCACGACAAAAACAAACUAUAUCCCAAAAAUAUUCACCCACAUCUGUUCACAAAAAGUCUAAUAACAUUCAUCUAACCCCUUUAAAAGAUUGCGAAAAAAUACUACCCUCAAAUUCCCGAUUCAUUUGUCCACUCGCUGCUAAAGAAUCCGGCAAAAAAAAAUCCCACCACAAGAAAUCUAGGGUGGGUUGGAAUUACCUCGCCAAGCUUUCCCGGCAUCUCACUUCAUCUCAAUCUUCCAUCUCUACCGAAUCCUCCUUAUCGACACUUUCUUUACCCGAUAAUGCAACCAAAAAUAAGAACCGCCUAUCCAGAGCAAUGCAGUUUAAAAAUUUCAAUGAUUCGCCGGUAAUACCUUUUGUAAAUUAUUUAAUUCCCAAACGUAUGAUCAAUCAUCCGCUCUUGGAUAGACGCACCAAGAGGAUCAGCGAUAAGAUACUUAACAGUCCCGAAUUAUUUAAGGUGCCAAAGGUUAUAAAAUCUGACGAAAAUCAAUUACGCACUACACUAACGCCGCUUAAACCAUUAGUCAAAAAAAGCAACUCUUUUAUUGUAUGCGAUAAAUUGUGUCAACAAAAUAUCGUAACCAUCGUCAAUAACACAUCUACGAUAAAAACUCGAGCUAACCUUAUAAACCACAUAUUUCCCAGCCCUUCUAAAUGUAAGGUCGAUUAUAAUGCAACCGAUUUACAAAAUCAUUCAAAAGAAGCCUUUGGCAGGAAAAUUAAUCUAACCGAAAUAUUUGCCAUGCAGCCGUCAUCAUCUUAAAAAUAAUAUAGAAGUCUAGCCAAACUUAAAUUUUUAAAAAUAGAUAUUUUUAUAUUACAGGGUGUUCUUGGGGCAUUAAACUAUGGGUGAUUUUUAUUUAUUUAUUAUGCGCAUAUUUACUAGAUUUGUAAAUAUUACUUUAGAUGAAUCUUAUUUCAUCUUCAAAAAUGUGUAAUAAUUUGUCAUGCAUUAUAUUAUUUAUAUAUUUUUUUAUAAAAAAAACGAAAUUGG